GUGACCCCGGCGCUGGGAUGGCAGCGGGACAGUCGGACCGCGGCGGGACGGCGGGACGGUUCCCAGCCGAGGUGGUGGCUGGAGUGCUCCGGGGGGAUCCAGCCAGGGCGUUUGCCAGUCGCUUUGUUGCUGCUGGGGGAUUUUUUUUAUUUUUAUUUUUUUAUUUUUUUUUUUAGGAUUAUUAUUAUUUUGAAAGGGAGGGUGAGGAGAGGGGGCUGACACUGACUAUAAAGGCAGUGCUCCCUGGAGCAGCCGGGCACUUCCCCGCCACCAUGAGCACUCCCCGGGCCUGACAGCCCCAGCCUGCCCCACUGUCGCCGGCUCAAGCUGCCCUGAAGCGUGGCUGGCUGUCCGAAGCUCGGGUUGGGAUGGUGUGAGCCUGGAGCCGCUCCUCGCCCUCCCACCACCCCUCACCGGCUCUGGCAGGAGCCGAGCCUUCCAGCCGCUUGGAUGAUUUGAUUUCUUCCCUGUCCGACAUCACUCCUGCCCAGAUGCAUUGGAUAAUAUUCAUGUUGCUGUUAUUCAUCAGCUCCAUGGAAAUGCUCACGCAGAACCGGUGGAAGAAGCAAGCGAGCGCUGGCCUGCUGGAAAACUGCACGGGCUGCGUCCUGUGCUCUGAAGACAACGGCUGCAUCACCUGCCACCACCGGCUCUUCCUGCUCAUCUGGAGGGACGGCAUCCGCCAGUACGGGAUGUGCGUCCACACUUGUCCCCCAGGCUACUUUGGUGUGCGGGGUCUGGAGGUCAACAGAUGCACAAAGUGCAGGUCGCCCAGCUGCGAGAGCUGCUUCAGCAGAGACUUCUGCAUGAAGUGCAAGGACAAGUUUUACUUGUACAAGGGCCAGUGUUUUCGGCAGUGUCCCCCCGGCACUGCGGCACAGCCCGGCACCCGCGAGUGCCAAGAGACGUGCGAGCCGGGGCCGUGGAGCGAGUGGAGCGCCUGUACCCACGAGAGCCGGACCUGCGGCUGCAAGUGGGGCGUGGAGACGCGGGUGCGGGAGGUGCCGGAGGCUGCCCGGGACGAGGGGACUGCCUGCCCCACGCUGCUGGAGACCAGGAGGUGCCGCAUGAAGAAGCACUGCCCGGGAGAGAAAACUGAACCCAAAAAUAAAGGCAAAAAGCGACAGAAGAAGCCGAAGACAGAAAGGCACACGGGCACCUAGCAGGCUCCAGCAUGGGAGCUGGGGCACCGUGGCAGGAGCUCCCAGCCAGCUCCUGCCACAGU